AUGGCGCCGACGAGACCACAUAACAAGAAGGCGCGCAGCCGGCAAAAAAACAGAAGCGGCGCCGCAGCCAACGGCGCUAACAACGCGCGGCGGGCUAAGCAGCUGCUGGCGGAGGCGACGGCGCUCCUGGAGCAGGGAGACGUGACGUCGGCGCUGCGGGUGGCCAAGGACGCAGUCGAGACGGCACCAGAGCGGCUCGAGGCCGAAGCGCGCACGCUCUUGGGCGAGGUCCUGCUCGAGGUUGGCGACAGCGAUGCCGCCAGGACGCAGCUCCUCCAAGCCGCCGAGGUGGACGUCGAAGAGGACGCGGGCGAGUGGUGGGAUGCGCUGAUCCAGGGCGGCAGUGGCGCGGGCGCGGCAGGCGGGAUCAACUUGGGUGCCAGGGCCGAGAAGUACCUCUGGCUCGCGCAGCUGAGCGAGGACGGCGGCGCGGACUCGGUCAGGUGGCUGGAGCGCGGCGCCGGAGUGCUGCGGGCCGCGCUGGCGAGCGUGGAGGAGCGGGGCGGGCGGGCGGCGGGGCUGACGGACGCGCAAAAGACACUGAUCGACGAGGCGAGGAGGGACCUGAACAGGCGGCUGAGCAGCGCGCUCUGCGCCGUGGCCGAGGUCUACAUGACGGACCUGAGCUGGGAGGCGGACGCGGAGCAGCGGUGCGAGGCGCUCAUCACCGAGGCAACCAUGCUGGCGCCAGACCUGGCGGACGCCUGGCAGACGGUGGCCAACGUCCGGAUAUCGCAGGGCAAGCCGGACGAGGCACGCACGGCGCUGACGCGGAGCAUGGACCCCUGGUGGUCGGGCGAGGACGACGCAGCCGUGCCGCCGUUCCCUACGAGAGUCAGCCUCGUCAGGCUGCUGCUCGAAGUCGAGUGGGAGGACAGGGCUAUUGAGGUCGCGGAGCGGCUGAUCAAGGAGGACGAUUCGAGCGUCGAGGUGCUGUACCUCGGCGGCUUUGGCCAGUUCCUGAUCGGGGAGAAGCUCAAGGCCGCCACCGCCGCCAAGGACGACUGGAAGACCAUCUGGGCGUCGGCUAGGCGGUGGCUGAAGCAGUGCUUGACGCUAUUUGCCGCACAAGAAUACGAGGACGAUCGGCUAGGCCAGCAUGCCCAGGAGUUGCUAGGCACGCUCAACAAAGAAUUGGGAGAGGCGGCAGAUGAUGACGACGACGAUGACGAUGGCUGGGAGGACGAUGAUGACGAGGAGGGAGACGGAGACAAGGUCAUGGGCUGA